AUCGCGAUUUGUUUAGCAUCUCAACCGAUCUGAAUCGUCACAUAUUUAAAUCGAUUUUCAACCGGCUCGCGUUUAAUCGUUAAAUCCCUAAUAUACAGGCAUACUAAUAAAAAUAAAAAGAAACUUUAGUCAUGUCAGUAUUUAUAUGGCAAAUUCACUUGUGUAACAUUAAAACUUGAAAUAAUUUUUUUUACCCCAUUGGUAAAGAAUUCAUUUUAAGGUUUAUGCUUGAAACUAAUAAAAAACAGUGGAGUGAGAAAAAGAAAUGUAAAGCAGCAAAGCCAACAUUUCUCAAGGCCGCACAAGUUUUUUCAAGGUCGAUAUAUUUCCAACAUGGUUCUGCACGUCAUGACAUUACAACAAAUAAAACUGAGGACAUGAAAGACAAAGAAUUAGAGAAAGACUGAGGGAAAUUAUUGGUAUUUUAAACAUGUAAGUACACAUUUCUACCUUUCCUGAACCGGUUCACCCUCACAUGUAGUGUCGGUAAUAGUAUCUACAUCCUUUUAAAUGAAGGCACCAACUCCACACGCCACAAACAUUUAUUGGUUUGAGGUUGGUUAUCAUUUCGGAAGGAAUGCAGGCCAGUGAGACUCAGGAGAAUGAAGGGAGAAACUUUGAAACAUAGGAACUUCCAUCAUCUCAAAACCCAAGCAUAUGUGGCGCCAGCAGUACUGCCCCGUGAUUGAGAGGGGUCUCGUUUUGUGCUGCUGUAAGCAAACAGCACCGUCAAGUCUGGAAAAGCUAUUAUCCAACAUUUAGGUUUAGAUUAAAGGUCCCCCAUGACUUGGGAUUUACGAGACGUUGUACCAUAAACGCUGAUUCAAAGAACAAUUUAUUCAAGAUAACGAGCAUUUCUCUUCCUAAAAAGUGAAUGAUGUCAUUUGUAAUGUCUAACAAUUUGAGUUGAUGUUUUUUUUUUUAUAUAUUUCCCAAUAUAAUUUAAGGAUAAAAAGAGAAAAGCUGUUUUCAACUAGCAUUUUAUAUCACUAUCAAGCCAUUACAUCUCAAGAUUGAUGUUAUAUCUAAAAAUAGAAGGACAGAGAUUAUGCAAUAUUAUGCACGCUGAAAUAUUUCAAUGCAUCAAAAUUCAUAUAAAAUUGAGACCACCCAUUGGCGAUGUCAAGAGUGAGGAUAUCCCACACUGGCCAUUGAAAAUUUAGCCGGACAAAACUGGCUAAGUUUCAAGAGCUGAUGAGAAACAUACGGCGGGUAACAAUGAGUGUUCAGUGCUAGUUAAGCAUCCAGCAGAGCUGCGUAGCGUUCCUUCCCCUUAUUCCCAGUCUGCUCCUCGAACCAGCAGCAUCUUUUCCAUCCUCAUUCAUUCAAGGAUCUGCUUUGACGAGUCUUCUCUCCACCUUUCGGCUUUUGUGCACGCUGCAUUUAAGGACCAAAUCUUACUUGAAGAAGGAUUACACAGAUUCAACAGGGCUAAACCAUUUCUGACUGGAGCUGCACAAUGAAGGUGCUUUUCCUACUCUCUCUGCUGACGUUAUGUCACACGAAACCAUACACGCCGAUCAAUGUCAUGGAUUUCAUCAAGCAUCAUGACAUCAUGCAACAAGAUGCGGCUGACUAUGAUGAUGACGACGAUGAUGAUGAUGACGACGAUGACCAUUACGACAGUUACGAUGAUAACUUUGUUUCGGACUGUCCUGAAGGGUGUCGGUGCUCAAAGAGAGUUCUGCAGUGUUCAGAUCAGGGUCUGACCAAGGUGCCAAAGGACAUUCCCUCAAACACAUUGCUGCUCGAUCUCCAAAACAAUGACAUCACAGAAAUCAAGGAAGAUGAUUUCAAAGGCUUGGAUAAUCUCUAUGCCCUGUUUCUGCUCAAUAACCAGAUAUCAAAAAUUCACCCAAAGGCCUUUCGCAACACGAACAAACUCAAGAUUCUCCACCUGUCGUACAACCUGCUGACGCAAACGCCCGAGAACCUUCCCAGCGGCAUUCAAUCACUGCGUCUGCACGACAACAAGAUCAGCAGACUCCCCAAAGGAGCGUUUAGAGGAAUGCAAGACCUAAACGUUUUAGAACUGAGUGCAAAUCCAAUUGCAAACAGCGGGAUUGAGCCAGGGGCUUUUGACGACAUGGCGACUCAAUACUUGAGAAUAGCUGAAGCAAGGCUUACAGCUAUCCCUAAAGAUCUGCCAUCUUCCCUCACUGAACUUCACUUGGACUAUAACAAGAUUGCCAAAGUGGAGUCGGAGGAUUUUUUGAGAUUAAAAAGCCUCCAAAGGUUGUGGCUUGACUUCAAUCAGAUCAAGUACGUGGAGAACGGAAGCUUCGCAGCCAAUACCAAAGUCAGAGAAAUCCACCUGGAUAACAAUAAACUGAAGAAGGUUCCUCCGGGCUUGAACAACCUGAAAUAUCUGCAGGUGGUGUACUUACAUGCCAACAGCAUCACUUCGGUUGGAGUGAAUGACUUUUGCCCGACGAGAACCCGGGUUAAGAAAGCCCUUUACACUAGGAUCAGUUUAUAUGCAAAUCCAGUGAAAUACUGGGAGAUUCAGCCACCCAGUUUUCGGUGCGUUUCCAGCCACAAUUCUGUGCAGCUGGGAAACCACAGAAAGUGAGCGAAAGCAUCAACAUCUUGCCACUGGAGGGCAGCAUUAUAAUAUUAUCGUUUCGUGUCCUCUCGGUGAUGCACAGGACGUAAUUUAUCCAAAAUCCAAGAGUAUCCUCGGUGAUAUACAGACUCGUUACUUGAAUUUGGUGAGGAUUUCAAACACUUUGUUUACAUUGAAAUCUUUUCGACUUUAGAAAGACAGAAGAGCGGUUUUAAUUGCAUAUUUUUUAGAUCAGGUGCUAAAUAAAUUUGUAGCCAUGUAUUAAAGGUCUCCAAUUCAUUUUUGUUUAUAAAGGGUACAACUGUUUAGAAACAAAGAACAAUAAAUCAAAUUUACAAGGCCAGUUUGUUUACUAUUUUACUUCUUGUAUUUUAGAGAACGGGCAUUAUUCACAUGGUGCUUAUUCACGGUUUUAGUGAUAACAGCUAAUUAAUAUUGCAUGCUGAAUUUGCAUUAUAUAACUUUUUAUUCUCUGAAAAUAAAAUACUGGACAUGGACAUUCUUGACAGAUCACAGAAAUGAUGAAAAAUUGAUCUGUAUGGACAACAGGGUUGGUUUCGGUUUACACUGACAUCUGCAAAUCUGUUCUUGCAGCAAGUGUUUUCUUAGCCAGCGGUGCGGUGUUAUUCGUUUCCAAUUCAGAUAUUGUUGUUUCUUUAGAAAAAAUAAAGAAAAAUACAACAGUACUGUACAUCUGGUUGGCCUCAGAAUGUGUACAUCUGUCUGGCAAUAAGUCCAAAAAAAAAACAAAAAAACUGCAGAUGGAGACUUGGGAAUACUGGGUUUAAUACAGCCAGGCGAUAGCAAUGUGUGUUGAAAUAAGGUUUAUUUAUUAUGUUUAACUAGGGCUGCUCGAUUAUGGCAAAAAUCAUAAUCAUGAUUAUUUAGGUCAAUAUUGUAAUCACGAUUAUUUAACACGAUUAUGAGUGGGCCAUAUGACUAAAACUUAGUGAACUAAAACUAUGUGAGUGAUUUAUUUAAAGAUAGCAAUAUAUAUAUCAAAGAUAGCUAUGACUAGGGCUGCACGAUAUUGGGGAAAAAUGACAUUGCAUCUGCGAUAUAUAUUGCGAUAUGAAAUCUAAUCAAUUUUUUUCUUACAAAGAAAAAU